GCAAAAGUACGGAAGACUGACGUGAAUCGAGCCUGUAGUCAACUGCCUAUAUUUUCCAGGCAUUAGUAGUUGAAAACAUAUAAUCGAUUUUGCUUAAGGCGCCUGGAAGGCCUCUUCUGAGCUUUUGUUAGUUAGUCCUAUUUGCAGUCUAAUUUAAUAUUUUAAUAAUGAAAUUUUAACUUAAAAAUUAAAGCGGAUAAGGGAAAUGUACACCAUAUAUAUCUGCUAAACUGAGCUCGGUUACUCACGUCUGUCGUCAAACGUCAUCACUCCGCGACCGCCAAGGACUACGCAGUCGGACCACGCGCGCAAACACUUUAUAUUAUUCAAGUGUAAUGGCUUCGAUAAAUCAGAAAAUGAAGAAAAAUACUUUCCCACGGAAAGAAGGCAACUGGAAGAAUUCAACAAAACCAACCGACGGCGUCAAAAAGAAGAAGAAAUGGGUUCCCGAGGACAAAAUAUUUCGAGGAAGUGUGAAAGAAGGUAAAGGUUUUGCACUUAAGCGGAAGGAGAAACUGCAGCAUGAGUACAACAAGCUUCUGCGGAAGGAGAGGAAGAAGAACAUGACCCCACAGACAGCGAAGCUGUACAGGGCGGACUACCCUGAACACCUCAAACAUUUAUACAUGGCUGAGGAAGAGAAACUGAAGCGUGAGGCGUGGACAAACCGAGUGAACAGGGCCAAGCUGAGAAGGAAAGGACGGGACAAUGAGGCAGAGAUGGAGGACGAGGCUCCACAAGCAGCUGAAACAGCCGGUUUUGAAGCAGAAGUUACAGCAUCUGAGGCGGCUGAUACAGCUGCUGAGGAGUCCACAUCAGCACCAGAAAUGCUUCCCAUGAGCAACCGCAUGAAGAAAAAAAUGCAGAAGACGACGUCAUUCCAGAGGUCAAAUGAGGAGUACAAACAAGCUGAAGAAAAUCGGAGGAAAAAGAAAGAGGAGUUCCUCGCGAACAAGCAACAGCGAGAGGCGGCCGUCCGCAAGUACAAACAGAAAAAAAUGGAGUCCUUUCAGAUGCUGUGCAAAAAGACCAAGAAGGGACAGCCUAACCUAAAUCUUCAGAUGGACUACUUGCUUCAGAAGAUACAGAAAAACUCAGAAACUGCAAAGAACUGAAGUCACAGUGGGGUUUGUUAGUAAUACAUUCUGAACGGUCCUGACUCAGUGUAGAGACUAAGUCAGCAAUUUGUGGGAUUUUGUGUAGCCACUCACUUCUGUAGACUGAUACAGACUAGUUUGUCACAUUGUAUGAUAACUGAGACAGUAUGUUAAGGAGAUUUCAUCCAAUAUUGAUAUUGGUCUGACAUUAGCAGAAAAAAACUAGUAUCUUCCCACAUUUAAACUUUCUGAUACAGGCAGUCCUGCAGCGUGUUAACUUGUGCUAAGAUGGACUGCCAUUUAACAUCUAAAUGUCCUCCAGUAAGCACACAAGGUUGCUAUUUUCUUCUAUUUUAGUCAAGUCGUUUACAAAAGGUAAACACGCCAGGCUACUAGGAGCUAGCAGCUGAGCACACAAGCUAGACAUACUGUGCAUAAUACAUGUCCUUCAUUGAACAAUAUUGCAGUCUCAAACGACGUUUGUCAAUAUAAACAAGUAUCAAAUAAUUAUAGUUGCAUAUUACUUACACAUACAGUCUCCAAGGCAGAAACGCAUUAAAAAGUAUCCAGUAACAAAUGUGUCUGCAUUAUUCAACCUAUUGUGUCAUGAGCUUAACUUAAAAGGGCCCUAUCAUGUUGGUACUAAUUGUGUAUUUGGAAUCUCCAGAAAAUUUGAAGUCAAACCAUGGAGAAUGGUGGAUACAUUUUUAAAACAAUAUUGCCCUCUUCAAAACAUGUGCCGAUCGAGCCGUUUGGAAUGUUGAGACUUAAGUGACAUAUUUUGCCUUUAGAUAUGUCAGAGGUUAUCUCCACAUAUGGUAGAGGUUUACUUGAAGAGCUUUGUGCGAGUCGGCCAUUUUUAAUGUAGUUGUCGUCAAUAAGUUCCUUCAUUUUCGCUGUCCUCUUGCGGGGCAGACUGGCUCGUACAUGCACAUGCAUCCUCCACUGUUGCCCUUUCUAAUACAAAGUAGCGUAUACUUUAGUUCAAGCUUAGAUCCGUCAGUAGACUCGAUAUGGAAGCGCUAUAAAGUACAACAUGGCUGACGGGGAGAAGACGCAGUCAAAGAGCUGCAUAGUCUGGAGGAGGACUUGGGCACGAAAAUAAGAAUAAAAAAAAAAUCAAAUCUAUGCAAUUUUUCCACCAACGCGCCACCAUUACAUGUUCUAUAGACAACAAGGUGUCGGCAAAAAAAAAAAUAAUACCACUCCACUUCAAUUUAAAGCCAGCACAAGUCCAUUCUAGACGGUUAAUAGUAAAUAGGUUAGUGUUUUUCAUACCUACCAUUGUUCUGUUUGACUAAUCUCACUUCACUUUUCACGCUACAAUAUGAUAAAAGUGUGUAUGAUUGCUGCUGAUAUCAUAUUGGAUCAAUAUCUGUAUGAGCCAAUACUCCCAAUAUCUGUAUGAAAAGUGAAAAUGUAUCAGAAUACCCCUGACAGUAUAUGAAAACCUGACCCCAUAAAGUCUCAGGUAUUAAUGCUUUUGACCACAAGAUGGCGUUAAGCAGCUGUUGGAAUCUGUGCACAUUUAAUAAUAUUUUGUUUUGAAUCAAUAAAUAUGCAAAUCAUGUUUAA